GCUAGUAGUGUAUCAUAAUACGGUCAGCGCUGACUAGCAAGGAGCCAAGCAGGACAUAAUACUGAAGCAGGCUGCGGCUGCGGCUGCAGCAACAAGUCAAGGAGGUUGAAGGCGAAUUAGAGAGAAGAGGAAGAUGUUGGCGGCGACGGAUCCGAUGCUGUGGCACAAGGUGGCCGCCGUCUCCGGGGUUGCCGCUUUGGGGCUCGGCACCUACGGCGCGCACAUGUUCCGCCCCAAGAACCCCGCGUACAAAGAGGUUUGGCACACGGCGUCCCUGUACCAUCUCGUCCACACCGCGGCGCUGCUCGGGGCGCCCAUCACCAAGCGCCCCAACGUUUUCGGAGGGCUCCUCACUGCUGGAAUUGUGCUCUUCUCUGGAACGUGCUACACCGUGGCUUAUCUUGAAGACAGGAAGUUUUCUUCACCGGCACCAUUGGGGGGCUUUGCGUUUAUUGCUGCUUGGGCCAGCCUCCUCUUCUGAUUAAAUUGUGCUUUUCCAAGAAAACAAAAAAAGUCAUAAACCUCUCUAUAUGGUGUUUUAUCAGGUUGUGAAAAAUAUACUUGUAAAGUGUAUACAGUGGACAGUAUGCGCCUCUGUUUAAUAAUUCAAUCUGUGAUUCCUAUGUUUCUAUU